AUUAAUUUGCUUUUACAAAUUAUUCCUCCACCUCCGUUUUUCCUUGACCAUUUCAUAAAAUUGUAACUAUUUUAUCGGUUGUUCCAUCAUCAAAACCAAAAUUUGGUAAAAUAUUUAAAAAAUUCAAAGCUUUGUUUCAAAAUUUAAAAAGGAUGGGCUCCAAGAUGAAAUUGCCGGCUCCUUUAGUAAAUUUAGACGAUCGUGCUGAUGUUAUUCUGGACCAAUUGAACAGACAAGAAGCUCUUCACGCUUACGAUCGAAUGCCCAAAUUCAACAAAGAAAGCGCACGUCGAAAUAGGUACAGCAACAUCUUUCCUUACAAAGAUAAUUACGUUCGUCUAAGUCCUGAAUGGGGAUAUGACUGUGACUAUAUGAAUGCUUCUCAUGUUAUUCUUCCAUGUAGACAAUCGUUUAUUGCAACACAGGGCCCUACGUCAAGUACGAUUCCUCACUUUUGGAAGAUGGUAUGGCAGUCUGUUCAUGACCAUGGAAUUAUUGUUAUGCUUACGAGAUUACAAGAGGGUCUUCGUGCUAAAUGCGAUUUAUAUUGGCCUUCAGACCCCGAGGAACCCUUACAGAUAGACGAAUUACUAGUACGUUGCAAUCAAAAAUACGAGGUAGAGUCGGUAGAUGAUUGUAAAGUGCUGGAAUUUGUGUUGGAAAAAGGUCAAGAAAAGAAAACGAUCUACCAUUUCUACUAUACUGAAUGGUCUGACUUUAGAACCCCUAAAGCGAGUUCCAUUUGUUCCUUACUACUAUUUGUUAAAUCAUUAGCUCAUAGAGUCAGAUUUCAUAAGUCUCCGAUUAUCAUACAUUGCUCAGCUGGUUGUGGUAGAACUGGGACAUUUAUGGCACUCUUCGAAAUCAUAACCAGGAUUGAAUUUCGAUUUGCGAGCGAUCAGUUAUUGGAAUCAAUACCUGAAAUUGUUUACUGUCUUCGCAUGCAAAGAAUGCAAUCCGUGCAGUCAGCCGAACAACUCAUUUUCUUGUACAUCAUGUGCUAUGAACUCCUUCAAAUGCCUUUCCCCAAGGUGCCAGAAUUGAAAGCAGCAUAUCCACCCAUUUACCAUAAAAUAAGAAAUUGAUAUUGGACUGCCUCUAUCUUUUCAAUAUUCCUAAGCCAAGAAAUUUUUGAUACACAUAUUCCUCAUCUAUAUUAACUGAGACCAUGGUUUGGAAUAUACUAUUGGUCUAUCCGAUAUUUUUGAUUGAAUUUGACGAAAGAAACCUGUUAACGAAAAAAAUUAGAAGGAUCAACUUGCUCAUAUGCCUCCUUUUACUAUUCAUUCAAGGCAUGCGUUGAAACAAUAUCCUCCACGAACAAUCUAUAAUUUAUUCCUUUUUAUACCGUUUAUAUCUAGGUAGUUUAAAAAAAGAAAUGUCCAAACAUAUAAUUUGUUUCUUCACUUAUUCUUCUUUCGUAAGCCA